AUGCGAGUUCAGCUCGCGGACGUGGCUUCCGAACGUGAUCGCGCAAUACAAGAUCACACGACCUUUCGGGAUCGCAAGGCGACAAUGGUGUCUGGGGUUAAUUCAGCCACACCUACGAAGGUGGGAUUGUCUACCCACACGCCCGUUCCCGCGAAUCCUCAGCCGAUGUCGAACUUUUCAGGAUCGAGUCGCAAGGGAUCUUGCGAUUCCCUACCAUCGUCAACUAUGCCGACUUCCAAGAAAGUGACUCGAUCUGCUGCGUCCAAAGCUAAGCCGUCCCCAGUUUGCGACCCCAAUGUGGCACGAUUCGCUGCGUCCAAAGCCAAGCCAUCCUCAGUUCGCGAUCCCAAGGUGGCACGAUCCGCUACUACUAAAGCCAAGCCGUCCCAAGUUUGCGAUCCCAAGCCUUCUUUCUCUCCCAAGGGAACCCGAGAUCCUAAGGGUCAUCGCGAUCUCAAGAAUCGCCAUGAACCAGCGAAGCCUGCAGCUACCCCGAAACUGGGCAAGCAGAGGCGCCGUGGUCCGAGUUAA